AUGCACUGCGCCUACUGCAACACCAACGACCAUCGAUUUCACGGCUGCAUCGCGCUCCGGCAAGCCAUGAUCCAGCGCUCGGGGCUAAAGGGCUUCGUCGUUCCACAAGGUCUCUGGUGCAGCUACUGUGUGUCGUUUGGCCGGUUUGAAGGCCACGUUGAAGCCCACUGCCGCUGGCUCGUGGAGCACGUGUACAUGGGCGUUCCCAUCUCGCGACAGUGCCUGCCUCGACGCCUCGUGCUACCCAACGUAGCACCGCCGACGUCCGAGUGCGGCUACUGCGCCGACCGAGCCCACACGGUGGAGCACUGCACGAUGCUUCAAUUUGACGCGGUCGCUGGGAGCGUUCGCCGCAACUUUCGCAUUCCGGCCGCCGUCGGCUGCAGCUACUGCAUUCUGCACCAGAAGCUCCGGCAGCACCCGUUGGACGCGUGCUACCGAUUGCAAGAGCACCAAGAAGCGCGGCAAGUGCACCCGCGCUUCCCCAUGGCGAGCAGCAAGGGGCCGCCGUGCACUUCGCCAGAAAUGAUCAAGCGACUGGCCACGCACUCUGUCGACACCCCACGCAAGCGGUCCAAGUACGGCCCUGCGUUGUGA